AUGGGUAGAGCUCCUGCUCUCACUUCUGAACAGCAAGCACAAAUCGACGUUCUCCGCCAGAUGGGUGUGUCGCUCCAUGAAACUUCAAAACUCAUCAAGAAAAGCCGGAAUGCUAUCCGCCAUUACCUUGAUGAUCCGGUCAACUACGGAAAGAAAACGAAUGCGUUGAAAGGAAGACCACGGAAAGUGACAACCCGCUAUGAACGUGACGGAAAGUGA